AAGAUCGACUGGGAGGAAUGAUGUCUGCAUGUGGGCGUCAGUGGCUUCUCGGCCUGAUCUUGACGGUGGGGUCUUCCAUCAAGCCGUCAUCAGCUUGGGUCAUCGGCCCAACGGCAGCACGGUCACAUGUGACGCAUCGACAGCAGAGAGCUACCGCAACGGGCAGGAGCAGUGGCAGCAGCAUCACAACGAUGCGAGCGACUCCUUCCCCCGGUGGCGAUGACGAUACUGCUGGCAUUCCCGCGUCGAUGUCACGCGGAGAAUGGCUGCGAGUCGGUGCCAGCCUUGCAGCAAUGGCGCCGGUGUUUGCCCUCGGCAAGGAAGACGCGUCGGCAGCAACAUCAUCAGAUGUGACCGUGCUUGGAGCUGGUGGGAAGACCGGACGGGAGUGCGUGGAGUACCUCGCCUCGAAAGGGACAGGGGUGAGGGCGGUGGCGAGGAGCUUAACUAACAAAGAAGGGGAGCCAUUAGCCUUUACGACAACCAAGGGGAUUACGAUGGAGACGGCGGACGUCACUGUGCCCAGCUCGCUGCCCGGGGUCAUCAAAGGGGCGUCCGCUGUGAUCUUCGCUUCCUCGGCUAGCAAACAGGGAGGGUCGGCGAAGGCAGUUGACUACGAAGGUGUUGUGAACGUCGCUAAGGCUUGCCUGGAAGCGAAGGUGCCGCGGCUGGUUGUGGUGUCUUCAGGUGGCGUGGCUACCCCGGAGUCGUCCAUCUACAAGUUCCUCAACCUCUUCGGAGAGAUCAUGUCGUGGAAGAUACAGGGGGAGGAUCAGCUGCGGUCUAUGUACGCCGCGCAGGACGUAUGCCACUACACGAUCGUCAGGCCCGGCGGCCUUACGUUAGACCCUCCAAGGGGUGUCGGAGCCAUCGAGCUCAACCAGGGGGACACUAAGAGUGGCCGCAUCGCGCGGGCAGACGUGGCGCGCGUUUGCGUCGAGUCCAUCUACAGCCGGAACGCGGAGGACUGCACCCUGGAGUGCUACUACAAGGACACUGCCAAACCGCUUGCGGCCGUGGGUGUUUCCAACAUCCUGAAGCAGAAAACGGACGACACCGCAAAGUCUUUCGGUACCGAGAGCACCGGCGACACGUGGGACGCCCUGUUUUCCGGGUUGAAGCACGACGCAUAG